AUGCCAACCCAUGCUCGUCCUGGACACCGCGAUGAAUUCGAAAUCGCGGUUGUCUGCGCGCUCUCCCUGGAAAUUGACGCAGUUUCCCUGAUCUUCGACGAAUUCUGGGGCGGUGAAGGUGGCCGUGGACUCGGCCGGGCAGCCGGGGAUCAGAACAACUACACGAACGGCCGCAUAGGCGACCAUAACGUUGUUUUGGUACAUCUUCCCAACAUGGGAAAGGUCUCUACCGCGGCAGCGGCUGCUGGGCUCCGGUCAAGUUACACAAGGCUCAAGCUCGCAGUCUUGGCCGGAAUAUGCGGUGGAGUUCCUUGUCCUGGAGGAGGUAAAGAGAUCUUCCUGGGAGACGUUGUUAUCAGCCAGGCUGUGGUUCAGUAUGAUCUUGGACGACAGUAUCCUGAUAAGUUCAUUCGGAAGGAUACGACUAGUGACAAUCUGGGCCGGCCUUACCAAGACAUCCGAUCCCUCCUAGCCAGUAUUCAGGGAACUUUCGGUCUCAAUCGUCUUCAACAGCAAAUGCUUCGGACUUUGGGCCAUAUCCAGCAGAAUGUGACUGGCCAUGAGAUCAGUUACAAUCGUCCACCUCCAGCUGAAGACAUUCUCUUCGAGCCUGCCUACCUCCAUCGCCACCAAGAACAGUCCAACUGUGGGUGUGACGAGGAUAUGGCCUGUAACAAGGCCAUGAAUUCGACUUGCUCGGACCUUCAAUGUGCCGAGAACGGCGUCCUGCGAAGGGCACAUUCGGGUUCUUCACAAUCGCAGGACCCUCGCAUCUUCGUUGGACAAGUCGCUUCAGGAGACACGGUCAUGAAGUCCGGAGAGCGUCGCGAUAGCAUCGCACGAGAGCACAACGUGAUUGCUUUCGAGAUGGAGGGCGCCGGCGUCUGGGACCAAGUUCCAUGCCUAGUCGUCAAAGGAGUAUGCGACUACGCAGAUAGUCACAAGAACAAAUUGUGGCAGCCCUACGCGGCAGCCGUGGCCGCGGCUACAACCAAGGCUCUUCUUGGGCUCUACCCUCGAACUGACAAUCCGACGCAACGCUCUGACGCCAGAGACGAUCGGCCGCCCCCCGUCACAAACAAUUUCAACAGUAAUGGGACCGGGUCUCAAUACAAUAACACCGGCAGCGGUCCCCAGUACAACAACACUGGAGGGGGGAACCAAUUCAACGGGACCAACAUGACAUUUGGCAACUUUACCAGGUAG